AUGACGACGGGACCGCUCCUCGCGGGCCUGGGAGCCGGCUGCUCACUCGCGUCGUACACGGGCAACAUCAACUACUUCUCGCCCUCGGCCCACCACCCCGGCCUCGGCGUGUCCAUCCGUAAGGUGGCGGCGCGGCACUACGCCAACUCGCCGUGGGACCCCGCGGCCCUGAACUUUUCGCAUGGCGUCGCCUCGGGCGACCCGUACCAGGACAGCGUCAUCCUGUGGACGCGGGCGGCGCCCGCCGGCAGCGACAACGACGGCAGCAACGUCACCGUGUCCGGGCUCGUGGCCCUCUACAGCCACGAGACGGAAAAGUACGUCAAGGCCAGCGCCGCGCCCGUCUGUCUGCAGUGGAGCGUCUCCGAGUCCAGGGACCUCGGUUCUCCCGCGGACUCGGGCACUGCCUAUACCAGCUCGGAUAUCGACUACACCGUCAAGGUCGAGGCGAGAAACCUCAAGCCGUUUACCACGUACUGGUACCAGUUCGGCAUCUGCGACUCGGACGUCAAGUCUCCCCUGGGGAGGACCAAGACGCUUCCGGCCAGGGGGAGCAAGGACGUCUCCAGCAUAAAGCUGGCCGUCUACUCGUGCAGCAACUAUCCGUUCGGCUUCUUCAACGCCUACGGCAACGUCGUCAACAAGGACUCGGUCGACUAUGUCGUGCACCUCGGCGACUACAUCUACGAAUACGCCAACGGCCAGUACGGCUGGGGCGACUCGCUGGGCCGGAUCCCCCUGCCGGACAAGGAGAUCGUGUCGCUGUACGACUACCGCAAGCGCCACGCGACGUACCGCACCGACGCCGGCCUCCACCGCAGCCACCAGAGCUUCCCCUGGAUCCCGACGUGGGACGACCACGAGGUGGCCGACAACGCCUGGAAGGCCGGGUCGGCCGGCAUGAACAACAGCGAGGACUCGUUCGUGCGCGAGGGCGGCGUCUCGACGGACCAGCGCAAGAUGAACGCCGUGCGCGCCUACUUUGAGUGGAUGCCGAUCCGGCAGGUCGACAUGGACGACAACCUGCGCGUGUGGCGCAGCUUCGCCUUUGGCGACCUGCUCGACCUCGUCAUGCUCGACACGCGCGUCUACGACCGCUCCGUCACGGACCUGUACUGGAACACGCCCUACGUCGACGCCAUCCGCGGCGAGGCCUCGCGCUCGCUCAUGGGGCCGCGCCAGGAGAGCUGGUUCUACCGCACGCUGCGCGACAGCAAGCGGCGGGGCGCGGCCUGGCGCGUCGUCGGGUCGCAGGUGGUCUUCAGCCACAUCGACCUGCCCGGCGGCGGCGGCGGCGUCAACGCUGACGCCUGGGACGGGUACGCGGCCAACCGGGGCCGGACGCUACAGGCGCUGGCAGAGGGGGAGAUUGGCAACAACAUCUUCCUGGCGGGGGACACGCACGUCUCGUGGGUUGCCGACGUGGCGUGGCCCGCGGGCGAGGGCGGCGCGUUGGCGGCGCGGCGGCCGUACGACCCGGCGACGGGCGACGGGGCGCUCGGGGUCGAGUUCGCGGGCACGGCCGUCAGCUCGCCGAGCAGCGCGGUCGGGCAGAACGGCACGCUGGACGCGGCCAAUGCGGCGGCGGAGGCGCUGCAGUCGAGCAACGGCGUGCUGCAGUGGCAGGAGUCGUACUACCGCGGCUACUUUGAGCUGGAGGUUGGCUUCGACGAGGUCAGGGCCAGCUUCUUCGGCACGCCCGUCAUUGCGACGGCCAACGGGCUCGAGAUCCCGCUCGCCAACUUCACGGUGCGGUCGGGCGAGAACAGGCUGCAGAGGGAUGCUGGUAAUAACAGGACCGUGGUCCGGGGCGGGGUCGUCGAGGCGGGCAGCCUCAAGGGCGGCAGCACCGUGGCGACGAACCUCACGCACGACACGGAGACGGGAGAGUGGGCGGCUCUUCAGUGGUAG